AUGCGCCUAUUGAAAGUCGAUGGUCAGGGUGAGCUGAGCCUGACUCAAGACUUGACCGAAGACAUCCCGAGCUACGCGAUCUUAUCGCACACUUGGGCGACAGAUAAGGGGCACGAAGUUACCUUUGACGACAUGAAAGGCAAUAAGUCGAGAAAUCGACAGCGAAAACAGGGGUAUACUAAGAUUCAGCUCUGUGGUAUACAAGCCCAAAAGGAUGGUCAACAAUAUGUCUGGGUGGACACAUGCUGUAUCGACAAAAAGGCCUCCUCUGAGCUCAACGAAGCUCUAAUUUCGAUGUUUCGCUGGUACCAAAAUGCAGAAGAGUGCUAUGUGUAUCUGCCGGACGUAUCACUGGAUAUGAACAACGGAAAUCAUCCGACCGAGGAGAUAUGGCAAUCAAAUUUUCGGAAUAGUAGAUGGUUCACCCGCGGCUGGACGCUUCAAGAACUUCUUGCUCCGAAAUCAGUUCACUUCUUUUCACGUGAAUGGAAAUUGCUGGGUAACAAGCGUACACUCGAAAAACUAAUUCACGAGAUUACCCAGAUUCCUAUACCCGCUCUCCGCCGUGAGAACCUAAACAGUUUUAGUGUCUGCGAGCGGUUGAAAUGGACGGUCAACCGGAACACAACAAGGGAAGAGGAUAAGGCAUACUGCCUACUGGGCAUAUUUGACGUGUACAUGCCCAUCAUGUAUGGCGAAGGAACGAAUGCGUUUCAUCUACUCAAAAGCGAGAUCCAUAACCGAUGGAGGCAGAGCACAGAUGGAGAGGAGUUGCCUCUCGCCCUAGAUACUAGCCGCAGGGUGGUAGAAGAAGCAAAUGUCUCGAUUCGAGAACCUAUCGAGAGAAGCCGGAGAGGGAUUGAUAGAUCAAACAGGGCCGUACAAAGCAGCCAGCAAGAGAGUCAAACUGACCGCAGCGAGAUGAGCACACUCGAAAUUGGGGUUGCGCACCAUCUCAGUGCCUUGCACGGGAUAACAUUCGAAACCUUCGCCUUCAGCGUCAUUGUGGCCGUAUUCGACAACUGUGUUCAGGCUUUACGAAGAGCUAGAUGGAGCAUGGUUCAGAUGAUAGGUAGGACAGACCAGUCCAUGCAAGCGCUCAGGGAGACGCAGAGUGAGAUGGAGGCUGCCAGGCGGGUUGUUAUCUCGGAGUGUGAACACGUGGAAAAAGCGCAAACGGAACUGAAGCAACGAGGCUCCGUGGAGAGGGCUGAUGAUUACAGCUUAAGCUUGCUCUUCGGGGAAGGCCAAGAUGAUCCUGAAGAUACGACAGUCUACGACACUGAAACCCAUAUUGGCCGAGGCGAGAGUAGAGCAGCCUAUACCCCAGUUGAAACCAUAUCAUCUCAAACUGAACAGACCGAGACUCAAUCAGAUCAGAGCCCCCCACACUCCAACCACGAAGCCAUAGACGACGAAGCAACCGAAAAGGAGUUACUUCGAUAUCGGAUCAACGCCCUUCGAAGUGCAAACAAACAACUUAAGAGGAGCAUAAAGCAGAACCGGCUCGAGCUUCGAGAAAGGGAGAAUCAAAGGAGAUUACAACAACAGCGGAUCAAAGAGAUGGCGAGAGAAUCUGAGAGACUCAGACGGGAGGAGAAAGAGAAACGUCAAAGCUGGGGGUUUUGUACAAUUCUCUAG